AGGCAAAUGCAGAAAGUCAGUUCUAAAAGGAAUGACAAUAAUGAAAUACAGAGCCAUCCCAUAUGGGUUAUCCUAUCAUUGCUCUUUCAUGGGUGUUAUGAUAUUCAUUUCCUGACAUUGCUCCAGGCAGCUCAGGGCACAAUUCUGGUGAACUUUAGCAUGCAAGAAAUACCAACCAACAAAACACACCCCUUUCUCUGUUAUCAACACACCCAUGCUGGAGCAUGUACAAAAGUUCAGGGAGCAAGUGCAAGUGAGAGUAUGCACACAGCAGAAACAUCCUUCAGAAAGAAGGGACAGUAGCGAUCCUGAGUGGGAGCAGAGGUCUGAUAACUGAUCUCCAAUCAAAGAUGGAAAGUUUGGACCCCAGCUCCGUCAAGCCUGUGAAGUUAGUGAAUAUUGAGGGAAUCCCUUUAUUUGAAGACACUGUGGAUCAAUGGCAAACAAUAUGGAACUUCAAAGCGAAGCCCAACGAUCUUCUUAUUUGCACUUACCCCAAAGCAGGAACAACAUGGAUGCAGGAAAUUGUGGAUAUGAUCCAGCAUGGAGGAGACCCAGAGAAAUGUGCUCGGGCCCCCAUCUAUGAACGAAUACCCUUCAUAGAGAUGUGUGGUCCAAAACCUUUCCCCACAGGUGUUGAAGAAGCAGAAGCAAUGCCCUCUCCACGCACACUCAAAACCCAUCUCCCGGUUCACCUCCUGCCACCUUCCUUCUGGGAACAGAAAUGCAAGAUCAUUUAUGUGGCCAGGAAUGCCAAAGACAAUGUAGUCUCCUAUUUCCACUUCCACCGCAUGGACAAGACAAUGCAAGAACCUGGAAGCUGGGAUGAGUUUCUGGAGACAUUCAUUUCUGGGACAGUUGCUUAUGGUUCUUGGUUUGAUCAUGUUCAAGACUGGUGGAAGGCUAAGGACCUCCACCCAAUUCUGUACCUCUUCUAUGAAGAUAUAAAAGAGAACCCUGUGCAGGAAAUCCAGAAGGUAGCCCAUUUCCUUGGUGUAGAGCUUCCAGAAUCAGUUCUGAACCAGAUUGUGGAGCACACAAAGUUUGAGAGCAUGAAAGGAAACCCAACAGCUAAUUACACAACCCUGCCUAAUUGGCUAAUGGACCACACUAUAUCACCUUUCAUGAGAAAAGGUAUAGUGGGAGACUGGAAGGAGCAUUUCACAGUGGCUCAGAGUGAACGCCUGGAUGACAUUUGUGCUCUGUUAUUGAGGGACAGUGGCCUGACCUUCCGCACACAGUUAUGAACCUCUGGGCCUCCCACCUUUGUGACUAUUGUUGUUGUCAUGUAAAAUGUCCCUAAGUGCUCAAUCAAUGGCUGCUUUAUUACUGAGAAAACCCAGUGUAUUUCGGCCUACUUACAAUUUUAUUACCUAUUUCCAGGGCAAUUUGAAAUCUGACUGGGGAAGUUUCUGAAGCUGAGAAUCUCAUUCCAUUUGCUCAUUCCAUUUUUGACCAUCAAAUGGAAAGAAACCAAACCAAAAACUUUAUUACAGUCAACAGACCAUUAGGCAACACAUUAAAUACAUAUUAAAAGAAUACAGUAAAAGACAUUUGUAUUUAAAAUACUUGCUAUCGUACAGUUUAUAAUAUAAAAUAUCAUUUAUUAAAUAAAUUAGUUGAUAUAGGGAACACAACAAUGAAAACAAGUUUAAAUAUUUAAUUGGCCAUUUCUUAAAAUAAUAAUAAUAAUAAUAAUAAUAAUAAUAAUAAUAAUAAUAAUAAAUUUUAUUCGUAUACCACUUUUCCAUAGAUCAAAGCAAUUCACAGACCAUAUAAAAACCAUUAAAAACAUCUCAUAAUAACAAAUACAGUAAAAUCCACUAUUACAAAUUAUACAAAAUCUGAACACAAUCCAAUUUCUCCCUUUAUUGAUAUAAACCACUAACGUGUCAUAAUUCACACAUAAUAUAAUAUAUGGAAAGAGACUUUCAGCUUCAGAAAUGUCUUCGGUCAGGUUUCAAACGGUCUCUGAAGAAGGCUGUGUAUAUAUAGGCCAAAAACACAUUGGGUUUUCUCAAUAAUAAAGCAGCAUCUAUUGAGCACUUUUGGAUGUGUCUCCAAUUGUUCCUGUGUAAAUUGUACUGGCUGGUCUCCAGUUUUUGGCUCUCUUGUUGCCUCCAUGCACCUUCAAGUUGUUUCUAGCUAUGAUGAGCAACUCUUUAAAAAUAAAGUACUGUAGUGUAUGGAGCAUGGAUUGGACUACUAUUCCCAGCUCAGCCACAAAACCCACUGGAUGACCUAGGAUGAGUCACAUGCUCUCAGCCUCAAGGGAAGGCAAUGGCCAGCCUCUUCUGAACAAAUCUUGUAAAGAAAACUUCAUGCUAGGGUCAGCUUAGUGUUGCCCUACUUGAAGGCACACAACAACAACAACAACAACAACAACAACAACAAAGUGUAUGGAGAGCCUCCAUACCCAUCAGAAAUUCCCCUGUUCAGUUUUCUCACUCUCUCUGUAAGUGUCAGAAAAACUGAAGACAAAGCAGUGGUGUUACUAGAGCUGGUGUCACCCAGGGUGUUAAUUCAUGGUGUCAUCCCCAUGGACCUCUGGGGAUAGGAGUGUGGAUGGAGAGGUCUCACUCCAUGGAACUCCACAUCCUGCCACUGCCAUCCCCCCAGCCAAGACCGCAAAGACAGGACCCCCAUCCAAUCAAGACACACACCUGUUAAGCUUAUCCUUCAGUAAGCAAUGCUCAAGUAAGUAUAAUCUUGUAAGUAAGGAACAAGGAAUUUGUUUUUAAUUGCCAAAAUUGAGCUUGCAGUCCUUCAACAUAAAAAUCCAUGUUUGUUUUCA